CCCUUUUACUCGAACAUGGCCCCUAACAUCACCGGUACCAAAGCUGCCAAUCUCACCGCCAAAGCUCCAAUCCCUCCCAAAAGGUCUUACGUGACGUUCUUGGCGGGGAACGGUGACUAUGUCAAGGGCGUGGUGGGGUUAGCCAAGGGACUCAGGAAGGUCAGGAGCAAGUAUCCGCUCGUGGUGGCUCUUUUGCCCGACGUGCCGGAGGAUCACAGGAAGAUACUUGUGGAACAAGGUUGCAUACUCGAGGAGAUCGAGCCUGUGUACCCACAGAACCAGACCCAGUUUGCCAUGGCCUACUAUGUCAUCAACUAUUCCAAGCUUCGUAUCUGGGAGUUUGUGGAGUAUUCCAAGAUGAUAUACUUGGACGGGGACAUCCAAGUGUUCGAAAACAUAGACCACUUGUUCGACAUGGAAGAUGGUUACUUUUAUGCAGUGAUGGAUUGCUUCUGUGAGAAAACAUGGAGCCACACCCCACAGUACAAGAUUGGCUACUGCCAACAGUGUCCUAACAAGGUCCAAUGGCCUUCUCAGCUGGGUCCUAAGCCUCCUCUUUACUUCAACGCCGGCAUGUUUGUGUAUGAACCCAGCCUUUCCGUGUAUGAGGACCUGUUGAACACCCUCAAAGUUACUCCUCCUACCCCAUUUGCGGAGCAGGAUUAUCUGAACAUGUACUUUAGGGACGUUUACAGGCCCAUUCCUCCAAUCUACAACCUGGUGAUGGCCAUGCUAUGGCGCCACCCUGAGAACAUAGAGCUUGAAAAGGCCAAGGUUGUUCACUACUGUGCUGCUGGAUCCAAACCCUGGCGGUAUACAGGCAAGGAAGAGAACAUGAACAGGGAAGACAUUAAGAUGCUGGUGGCAAAAUGGUGGGAUAUUUACAAUGAUGAGUCGCUUGACUACAAAUAUGCUGUGCCCAAUGGCGAAGCAGAAGCUGAUGAGGAUGACCAAGCUGGCCUGCAACUGCAACAGUUUUUCGCAGCAUUGCCGGAGGCCGGAAUUGUUCAUCAUAUUAAAGCCCCAUCCGCUGCUUAAUAUUUGAGGCUUUAAUUUGGUGAAUGAUAUAGAUUAUUAAUACUAUAUACAAGACAUCUUAGCUGUGUAGGGAAUGUAAAUGUGUUAUUUUCUUCUUUCUAGUUGUAUUUGAUCUGUCCUUAUAUUUAUUAGAAGGGACAGAGAUAUUUUCUCAGGAAAACAUAAGGAACUAUUAUGCAUAAGCUGUCCGUACGGAUUCUUUGUUUCGUCUGACUA